AUGGGUAGCUCGGGAACUCAGACAUGGCUCGACAAGCUGGAGGAGCAGCUGGAUGUCGAUGUCGACUGGAUGGAUCCGGCGUAUACACUGAGCAUGCCCAUCAAGCCGCACGACAUGACCAGCAACCAGGGCUGGGUGCACGAGCAGAUGUGUAAUCCCAUCAACGAUAACCUGUUCAAGAGCGUGGUCAAGGACCUCAAGGACGAGGGAUGGCUGGCCAUCUACACCCGCAUGGCAGUGUUGAUGUCCAAGGCCAACAUCGACAACAUCCAAGGCCGAUGCCUCCUCCAAACCCUCCCCUCUAACGCCUACGACACCCAGAAGACCCUGGAGCAUGCGCGCGCCUACGCCCGUGAGUUUGACCUCGCAGGCAUCUCUAAGGACCGCUACUGCAUCAAGAUCCCCAGCACCGGUCCCGCACUAAGCGCGUGUCCGGCCUUGGAAGAGGAAGGCAUUCGCACGCUCGGCACGGCUCUGUUCAGCGUGCACCAAGCUAUUGCAGCCAGUCAAGCCGGCUGUCUGUACAUCAGCCCAUACUAUAAUGGACUGACUCCGACCACAGAGGUCAAGGCACACGACAACCGCGAGCUCUGGCCCAAGUCUGACGACCCGGCGACCCUGCAUCCGAUGUCGGCGCGACUGGUCCAGAUCUUGGAGACGUACAAGCGGCUUUAUAAGGAGACCGGCAAGGAGCAGCCUUUCCUCAAGAAUGCCAGUUUUAUCUCUCCGGAAGAAGCCAUGGCGGCUGGUGAGCUGGGCUGCCACUCUGCAACUAUCUCUCACCAGGUGUUGACGGAGCUCGCCAAACUCCCGUACGACGGCUCGAAGCAGCCUGGUGAAGUGGUGCCUAAGCCAGCUCAUCCGUACAAGAACCCCGCGCCGACGCCCGCUCGUCUGCAAAAGCUUGCGAAGAUGGAUCCGUUGAUCGAAAAUUGGGAUGGAAAGCUGGCUAGCACUGAUGUUGACUACCUGGCCAACGGUGGCGCGGAGCUGGAUAAGGCGAAUGAGGCUGAUCUGGUCACGAAGAAGCGACUCCGUGAGGCUCUGGAGCUGUUUAUCGCAAUGGAGAAGAAAAGCCAGGCCAAGAUUGAGGAGGCGAUAAAGAACGUCUGA